UUGAUGUCUCUUGACCUUUAAACAUUCUCAUCAUCCAUCAUUCGACAAAGCGUCAUUGACUUUAAUCCUCAAGAUUAAUCCAUAUUCUAAAAUUGUCAUUUGGCCACAACGCCUUUCCUCUUCGAUGCAAGCUUUCUUCCCCAAUUCCCUGUGCUAACUGCUACGUGACUCCAUCAAUGAGCUUCCCUUACCAACACUUCAUUUAUUUUUUUCCCUCGAAAGUUUAAAAUCUAUAGAAGAAUCCAAGAUCUCCAUAUAGCUGUCGAAUUGUGGCGAGACACAACUCCCAGUACCUUCUUCUUCUUCUUCUUCUCCUUCUUCUUCUUCUCUCUCUCUCUCCCCUAGAUUUAUUUCACAAAUCAUAUAUAUUUUGUUCAAGCCAACUUUGCUUUCUGUUUAUCACCAAGUUCUGAGAACUUUUCCUCUCCAAAUUUCUUUCAACAAUCUGCUUUUUCAUAAUAACCCUAUUAACUCAGCAUCAAAACUGUUUUUCUUUUAUUAUUACUAUUUUGAACGACAACAAAUUGCCUUCCUUCUUCCAAAUCACAUAAUUUUUUCCCCCCAAAUCAUUCAUUCUCUCUAAACUCCGCCAUAAAAAUCUCAUUUUGUUUCCAAUGGGAAAUAAAAUGGUCUGCAUGCCUAUAAAGGAGUUCAAGGGGACUUUCAGAUACAGAAGCAGGAAGGAGAUGAAGCGCUCGUCUUCUAUGAAGAAAUUGAUGUCUGAAAAGGACAAAAUCAGCCAUCUUUCACAGCGCUAUGAAAGCUGCGUCAUCAACCGCGUCGUCCCAACCCGUUCCCAGCCUCCUCGCUCGCUCUCAGAUCCGUUGCCGAAUCACAAGCAGGUCCCCAUAUUUGUAGAGAAAAUUGAAACAAAGAAGGUGAUACUUGUGCAUGGAGAAGGACUUGGAGCCUGGUGCUGGUACAAAAUUGUUCCCAUGAUGGAGGAAGCAGGAAUGGUUCCUGUUGCUUUGGAUCUUGCUGGAUCUGGAACUAAUAACUCCAUUGACUUCAGCAGAAUUACAAGCUUGGAAGAUUAUUCAAAACCUCUCAUGAAUUAUCUUGGCAGCCUAGCAGACAAUGAAAAGGUUAUUUUGGUUGGGCACAGCUGUGGAGGGGCAACUAUAUCAUUAGCAAUGGAGAAGUAUCCCAAUAAGAUAUCAAAGGCUAUAUUUCUUUGUGCAACAAUGGUGAAUAAUGGCCAAAGGCCUUUUGACCCCUUCGCUCAGGAGCUAGGACCAGCUGAACUUUUCCUGAAAGAGUCUCAGAACCUCUUAUAUGGCAAUGGAAAAGAAAAGCCUCCAACUGCUCUACUGCUGGAAAAAGACCAAAUCAAAUGCUUAUACUUCAACCACUGUUCUCCCAAGGAUGUAGCACUGGCUUCAAUGUCCAUGAGAGCUGUUCCUCUUGUGCCAAUGAUGGAGAAAAUGAAGCUCACAGCUGAGAACUAUGGGAAUGUGAGGCGGUUUUUUAUCCACACCUCCGACGACAACAUUCUUAGGCUACAAAUCCAAGAGGAGAUGGUACAGAAGAAUCCGCCUCAUGGGGUUUACAAGAUCAAAGGCAGUGACCACAGUCCUUUUUUCUCAAAGCCUCGGUCGCUGAAUAAGAUUUUGCUUGAAAUUGCACAACUCUAGAAAAUGAGUCUCUUUUUAGAUAUGUGUUUUGUGUUGGUGGUGAAAAUCUGGUCACUUUGCUGCCUUGACUUCUGUGAAUUUUGAAGUUUGAUGAGAAUUAUUUGCUGAACUAUCUGAAGGCAGAUUCAUACAUCAUUUCAGUAAUUCAUUAAG